AUGAAAAUAUUAGUUGAUAUUGUUCUAUUUAUAAGUUGUCAAGGAAUUGGUUUUCGAGGACACGACGUGACAAAAGAUUCUUUAAAUCAAGGAAACUUUAAAGAAAUAUGCAAACUUUUAGAAAAAAAUUAUGAGGAAUUUGCAAAAAAAUUUAAUCUGAAAACCAAUUAUUCAAGUCAUAUCAUUCAAGAUGAACUUACAAGUAUAGUUGCAGAUGUUGUGAAAGAAACGAUUGUGAAAGAUGUUGAGGUGUUUGGAAUUAUGUGUGAUGAAGCAAGGUGUUACAAACAAGAACAAAUGGCAUUAUGUGUAAGAUAUGUCAAAAAUCUAGAUGUCGUUGAGAGAUUUCUUGGUUUUAUAGAUUGUUCUAAGAAACAAGAUGCUGAAUCUUUAUAUCAACACAUAUUAUGGUAUCUGAAAAAGUGUAAACUUAGUUCUAAACCACAAAUAGUUGCUCAGUCAUAUGACGGUGCGAACGUUAUGUCUGGGAAAUUUAACGGACUACAAAGUAAAGUAAAAAGUCAAUAUCCUUACGCUAUUUAUACGCAUUGUAUGGCACAUAAAAUGAACCUCAUUGUCAUUGAUAUGUGUAAAUAUGUAAAGGAAACGACGAAUGUGUUCAAUACUUUAGAAUCCCUAUACAUACAUUUUUCACACCCGUCAAAAAAAUCAACAUUUAAUUAA